CCGGAGGACUUUGCGCCGUCAACCAAUCUUCAAUAACUACCAAUCAUGAACCUCCCGAAGGCGAAAAGAGCGAGAUUGGACUCUCAGAGGCCUAUGGCGGACCUCUUUCCAGGUGAGAAGCCGAAUCUACUGCGCAUAUUCCACAGAGCAACAUUACCGCUAUCUUCGCCUGCUUAUAUCGCAUCCAAAUCCCUCCAUCUUCAUUCCUUCAUCUCAACUAAAGUUGCAUUGCAGACUACACUCCUGAAACGCUCGAAAACAUCAUCCGACUCCUCCGCGGACAACGCGAACCGCACGAGGACCUCAUCCCCUUCCCCUUCCUCAAACUGCCCAAAGACGUUCGCCUGGAAAUCUACGACUUCAUAUUCGGCAGCACCCGAUCCACGGACCCGAACGCUCUAGCUCUCCGCCUGGCCUGCCGUCAAAUCCACUCCGAAGCCACAAGGAUCGCGUUCGCCAAAACCACGUUCAUGAUCAAGCCGAUUCCCAGGAAGCGGAAGCAGCUUCCCGUCAUCCAGACCAACCCGCCCAAGAAGACCAGGAAGAACAAGAAGACAGAGAACGUCCUAGGUGAAUACUAUACCACCUCCUUGCAAGCCCGUCUGAACACCUUGCCUGCGCACCUCAUCGCCAGCCUCGGCCGCCUCCGGAUCGUGAACGGCGCGAGCGCGUUCAAUGCCGAGACAGGCAGGACGAUCGCUGCUAGAUUACCCAAUCUGGCGACGGUCACCUUCUUCACGAGCCAUGGAGGCUUGCUGCCGCUCGGAUUCGAUAAAUUCAUGUCGCACUUGUCUGCUCAGACGAUGGGGUCGCUGGUGGUUAGGAUGACGAGGCCGGUUAGGUUCCGCACUACGGAUGCGAAUAUCGAGGCGUGGAUGGAGAUUAUUCAGGACGUGCAUCUGGGGGAGGGGUGGGAGGUUAGGAGGGAUGUGGAGGCGGAGUUGACGGGUGGAACUACGUUGAUGGUGUGCCGGAAGGUCUGAUGGGAG